GGACUCAGAGCCAAUCUGAAGUCUGAAACUUAUACGUCCAGCACCAAACACUCAAACCCAAUUAACCCCAGCUGCAGCUGGCACCAUCUUUCUCGAUCUGCAGGCGGAGGAGAUCCAUCCAUGGAUGUGGCCGUCGGUGCGGCGAGCUGGCUCCUCGGAAAGGUGGUGACACAGCUGUCCGAUGGCAUGGUGGCGGCGUACGUGUCCAGUACAGAGCUUGGCCUCAACAUGGAGCAAAUCAAGACCGAUCUUGCAUACACUCAAGGACUGCUUGACGCGGCCGAAGAGAGAGAUGUCAGAAACAACCAUGGCCUACGGGUGCUCCUAGAAAUCCUGACCAAGCAGGCUGACGAGGCUGAGGAUGUUUUGGACGAGCUCCAGUACUUCAUCAUCCAGGACCAGAUCGACGGCACCCAUGAGGCCACUCCCAUGGUAGACGAUGGCCUUCGUGGUCAAGUGCUCAUCCAUGGCCGCCAUGCUCUUCAUCAUACCACCGGUAACUGGCUUUCAUGUUUUUGUUGUUCCUCUGCACGAGAUGACGCCGAUGAUCCACAUGAUAUACCCAAGUCCCAUAGUGAUGUUCCUGACCAUGUUAGCAAGUUGACAUUCAAUCGAGUAGACAUGUCCAAUAAAAUCAAGUUGGUUAUAGAGGGCAUACAUGCCUCAUGUACACCUGUAUCCAAUUUGCUCAAAAUUAUCCAUCCUGCAGUAGGAAGGGCAUUACCACCGAAGCGACCUCCUACCAGCUCAACAAUUACACAGGAUAAAUUGUAUGGGCGGGAAAACAUCUUUAAUCAGACUCUUGAUGCCAUGACUAACUUUACUAUUCAUAGUAGAACACUAUCAGUUAUUCCUAUAGUUGGUCCUGGUGGAAUUGGGAAGACAACUUUCGCCCAAUACCUAUACAAUGACAAAACAAUAGAGGCACAUUUCUCUAUAAAGGUCUGGGUUUGCGUGUCUACUCAUUUUGAUGUGGUUAAACUCACUCAGGAGAUCUUGAAGUGCAUAUAUCAUGCUGAAAAUGAGGGAAGCCGCAGAGUGGAUGAAUUAUCCAACUUGGAUCAGCUCCAAAUAACCAUUGCACAAAGACUGAAAUCCAAAAGAUUUUUACUUGUCUUGGAUGAUAUGUGGAAAUGCGGUAGUGAAGCUGAGUGGGGAAGCCUAUUAGCUCCAUUCAGCAAAGGGGAUGCCAAAGGUAGCAUGGUUCUUGUCACAACUCGAUUUCCAUCCAUAGCACAGAUGGUAAAAACAACUAAGCCAAUAGAACUGCAAGGUCUUGGGGAUAGUGAAUUCUUCACAUUUUUUGAAGAAUGUAUAUUUGGUCAUGAUAAGCCCGAGUAUUAUGAAGACAACAUAAUUGAUAUUGCAAGAAAAAUUUCUAAGAAAUUGAAGGGUUUCCCGCUAGCAGCCAAAAGUGUUGGUCGAUUAUUGAAGUAUCGCAUUUCACAGGAACGUUGGAUAGAAAUUCUUGAAAGAAAUGAGUGGCAACAUCAGACAAAUAAUGAUGACAUAAUGCCAGCACUACAAAUUAGCUAUGACUACCUUCCCUUUUAUCUAAAAAGGUGUUUUUCUUAUUGUGCCCUUUACCCUGAGGACUACCAUUUUAAUAAUAUAGAGAUUAGUCAUUUUUGGGAAGCAUUAGGCAUCAUAGAUUCUGGAAGUCAUAAAAAUAGAGCUGAGGAUAUUGGAUUAAAGUAUUUGGACGAACUAGAAGGUAAUGGUUUUCUUGUGAAGAAAGUUGAUGAUAGGACCGGGAGGCAAUAUUAUGUAAUGCACGACUUAUUACAUGAGCUAGCACAAAAUAUUUCAUCACAAGAGUGCAUCAAUAUAAGUUCAUACAGUUUCAGGUCUGAUAACAUUCCAUGGUCCAUUCGUCAUGUAUCCAUCACCUUACAAGAUAACUAUGAGGAUAGUUUUGAGAGAGAAAUGGAAAAUUUGAAGAGAAAAAUAGACAUAGGAAAUUUACGGACAUUGAUGCUUUUUGGAGAAGGCAAUGCAAGCAUGCUUAUCCUUUUCAAAGAUUUAUUAAAAGAAACAAAACGUCUCCGUGUUCUAUUCAUGCAUGCAAACUCGCUCCAAUCUUUCCCGCACAACUUUUCCAAACUGAUCCACCUUCGGUAUCUAAAGUUGGAAAUACCUUAUGACGUAGAACUGUCUCUACCAAAUGCAGUAAGUAGAUUUUAUCACUUGAAAUUUUUGGACCUAGGGUACAGUAAAUGUAUUUUGCCAAAAGACAUCAAUCAUCUAGUCAAUUUAUGCCUCUUAAAUGCUAGAAAAGAACUCUGUUCCAAUAUUCCUGGGAUUGGCAAGAUGAAGUAUUUACAAAGGUUGGAAGAGUACCAUGUUAAAAAACGGGACAUUGGGUUUGAACUAAGUGAGCUAGGGGAUUUGACAGAUCUUGAAGGUGAACUGAAAAUAUUUAAUCUUGAGAAAGUGGCAACAAGGGAAGAAGCUAAUAAAGCAAAAUUGAUGUCCAAACGGAAUAUGAAAAAGUUGGAGCUAGCUUGGGGUAUGGUGCAACGGACCACAAGAUCUGAUGUUCUUGAAGGUCUUCAACCACCUUCUAAUCUUAAAGCACUUGUCAUAAAGAACCCAGGUGGUUCCAUUGGUCCUAGUUGGUUGUGUGGUAAUAUUUGUGUAAACUACUUGAAAUCUCUGCAUAUAGAAGGUGUAUCUUGGGGCAUUCUCGCACCUUUUGGUCAACUGAUGCAGCUAGAGGAACUAACUUUGAACAAUAUUCCAAGCACGCGUCGGUUUGAACCUAAUUUUGGUGGUGUUACACAACAAAGUUUCUCACACUUGAAGAAAGUUGAAUUUGUUGAUAUGCCAGAACUUGUGGAGUGGGUUGGGGGAGCUCAUUGCCAUUUGUUUUCAAAGAUUACAAGCAUCAGGUGUGAAAAUUGUCCCAAUCUCUCUAUGCUGCUUGUGCCAUCCUCUAGGUUCUCUGUCUCCUAUGCACAAGACAUAAACACCAGAUGGUUCCCCAACCUGUGUUCUCUUGAGAUUGAAAAUUGCCCCAAGUUGUCACUGCCCCCUAUACCUCACACUUCCAUGUUGACAUGUGUUAUUGUCUCAGAGCGUAAGACAGAUUUGUUGCGUCUUCAAGAAAACAAGCUGAUCUCACAUGGAUACAGAGGUGCUUUGGUCUUUGAUAACCUGGACAAAGUAGAAGAUAUGAGUAUCGAAGAAAUGCCACACGUUUCAUUGACUGAUCUCCAAAAGCUCAGCUCCCUAACAAGACUUGCCGUCAAAGGAUGUGAAAGCAUGUUAUUUAGUGAAGUUGAAGAGGGUGUUAUCUUCCCUUCAGUUCAGCAGCUCGAAAUCAGUGAUUGUCGUCUUACCAGAAAUUCAUUGACAAAGCUACUAAACCGUUUCCCAGCUCUUACUGAGUUCCACUUGAUCUUCUCUUCAUUUGAGGUUGGAGAGGAAGCAGUAUUGCAACUCCCAUCCUCCAACUUAUUGAGCUAUGUCAGAAUCUGGUGCUGCAAGAACCUGGUUCUUCCUGUGGCGGAUGGAGGGGGUCUCCAUGAUCUAUCCUCACUCCAAGAAGUCGAAAUUAGGGGAUGUGGCAAGAUGUUCGAUCGGUGUUCCAUGGUAGAGGCCGGAGCUCGGAGCAACAAGUUCUUCCCUGCUUCCCUCAGGGAACUCAAUAUCAGCGACGAGUUGAGCAUUCAGUCCAUGGCUCUGCUCACAAAUCUCACGUCCCUCACUCAUCUAACACUGAUAAACUGUGAUAACCUGACAGUGCAUGGUUUCGAUCCUCUCAUCACGUGCAGCCUCAAGGAAUUGGUGGUCUACAAGAAAGCCGAUGACGAGAUUCAUCUCUACUCUUUAGCAGAUGAUUUGUUCUUAGAGGUGGCAACAAGGAUGACGAAAGUAAUACCUGCGGGAGGUUCCUACUUCCAACAGCUGGAAAAACUUGAGGUGGACAGCAUCUCGGCAGUGCUUGUUAGCCCCAUUUGCAGUCUCCUCGCUGCCAACCUCCGCGAGUUGCGAUUCAGGUAUGAUUUGUGGAUGGAAAGCUUCACAGAAGAACAGGAAGAGGCACUUCAGCUCCUCACCUCCCUCCAAUGCCUGAAAUUCCGGAAGUGCCUUCGUCUGCAGUCCCUCCCCGAAGGGUUGCAUUGCCUUUAUUCUCUCUAUAAACUAAAUAUCGCUGGAUGUCCGGAAAUCAUGUCGCUGCCCAAGGACGGCUUCCCGGUCUCAUUGGAACGUCUAAGAAUACGAGACUGCAGCAUCGAUUUAAUGGUUCAAGUCAAGGAAUUAGAAGCAUCAAACCCAGAUUUACAUAUACGGCUCCACUAGCAAACUUACCACCCAAGGUAAAACAAGCUAUCCAGCACCAUUGCCUCAUCUGGAACCUUUCAGAGUUCUUCCAUCAUCGUAUAGCUGACAAUGUAAAUGCGAAUUACACGACAACACAUGAAGAUAAAGAGCUCUGGAUGGCAGAGCAGCCACUUUGGCUUUCAGACAUAAUGGAUGUCCUUUGUCUAUUAUCCAAUCAAUGUUAUAUUGAUCAUUACAAUUUUGGUAACUUACGUUCUCUGUCAUUACACUUCUUUCCAUCUCAAACUGCAUGGUGAAUUUUGGCAGGUUGCAGCUGCGUGAUAUCGAAAUCCACCUGCACUUGUAUGAUCUGUACAGAUCCAAUAGCGACAUUUUGCCAAUCAGCCGUGCUGGUUUUUUUUAGAAAAUAGAUUAAACCGGCCUCUACAUCCAAAAUAGAUACACAGCCAGGCCGUGCUGGUUAGUAAAUAUGCUUAUGUCGUUUUGCUAUUUUUUUCUUUUUGGACUGAAACUAGUAUAGUAUUGUAGAAUGUCCCGCUCUUGGUCUUA